AUGACGUGCCGGUGCGGCGCGCACUGGUGCUGGGUCUGCGGGGAGGAGCAGCCGGAGAGGUCCGUGUACGACCACAUCAACCGCGAGCACGGCGGGAUAUACGGCGACAACGUCGAGGACCUGCGGGGCGACUACCGGGCCGCCGAGUUUGGGGAGGACGUGGAGGAGGUCUACUAG